AUGGAAGUUAAUCAGAAUGAGCAUGGCAUUUUCAUAAGCCAGCAAGCAUUUGCACAGAAAGUUCUAAGCAAAUUCAGCAUGUCAAAGUGCAAGCCUGUAAGCACUCGUGUUGCACUAAGAGAGAAACUCUCAAGCAUCAGUGAGCAUGAUCAUGUAGAUGAAAAGGAGUAUAGGAGUUUGGUUGGUUGCCUACUCUAUUUGACAGCAACAAGGCUAGACAUCUUGUAUGCUGUUAGUCAUCUAUCGAGAUUCAUGCAUUGUUGCAAUGUAGCUCAUUUUAAAGCUGCAAAAAGAGUCUUAAGGUAUGUCAAAGGAACCUUAGACUAUGUUGUGAAUUUUGAGAGAGCAGAAGAACUAAAGCUGGUUGGUUAUUCAGACAGUGAUUGGGCUGGCUCAGUUGAUGACAUGAAGAGUACAUCGGGAUACUUCUUCACUCUAGGAUCAAGAGUUUUUAGCUGGAGCUCAAAGAAACAACAGACAGUAGCUCAAUCCACUAUAGAGGCUGAGUAUAUUGCAGCUGCUACUGCUGUAAUCAAGCAAUUUGGCUUAGAAAGCUGUUGA